AUGGAGUCCCGCGCCAGGAAUAUUAGUAUAUCUUACGUACCGCAAGAUGAUACAGAGCAAUGCAUUCAAGCUGAUAUUAAUAAACACAUUCAUCUCACACUUGCAAAAGAUGCAAAUACUGCAAGUCUGCGGGAUUACUACUUGGCUCUUGCCAAUACGAUCUGGGACAGAAUGAGUGUAAGAUGGCUCCGUUCAAAACAGAACUUUUACAAAAGAGACGUUAAACGGGUGUAUUAUCUAUCGCUUGAAUUUUUUAUUGGGCGCACCCUGGGAAAUGCCAUUCUAAACCUCGGGAUUCUUGAUCCUGUUACAAGAGUUCUUUCAAAUAUUGGAUUGGAAUUAGAAGAACUUGAAGAUUGUGAACCAGAUGCAGGUCUGGGUAACGGUGGUCUUGGGAGACUGGCAGCCUGUUUCAUGGACUCCAUGGCAAACUUAGGGCUUGCGGCAACCGGCUACGGUAUCCGCUAUGACUAUGGCAUCUUCGAACAAAAACUGAGUAAUGGCUGGCAGUACGAAGAACCAGAUGAUUGGCUGUGCUUUGGAAAUCCCUGGGAACGUGUACGACAAGAGUUCGCUUUUACAGUGCAAUAUUACGGUCGCGUUGAGGUUGUAGGGGAUCGCCGAUCUUGGCGGGAUACUCAGAACGUUUAUGCUGUGCCUUAUGAUACCCCCAUACCUGGGUAUAUGUGCAAUGUUUGCUGCACACUGCGCCUUUGGGGCUGCAAAGCACCGAAGAAUUUUGAUUUGGAAAUUUUCAAUACGGGUGCUUAUAUCAACGCCGUUCUCCAAAGGAAUGUUGCUGAAAACAUCACUCGCGUGCUCUAUCCCAACGAUAACAGCUUUGAGGGCAAAGAACUGCGCUUGAAACAGGAAUAUCUCCUCUGCACGGCUGCUUGUCAGGACAUGGUACGCCGUUAUCAGAUGAUUGAUGAGCAUGGACCUCGAAGGAAGGCACUUAGUCAGUUGCCCGAAAAAGCUGCUGUUCAGCUAAAUGACACACAUCCGUCUAUGGCGAUUCCCGAGAUGAUGCGACUUCUCGUUGAUCGCGAAUGCAUUGACUGGUACAAGGCCUGGGAUAUGGUCAGCAAAAUCUUUGCGUACACCAACCACACCGUCUUGCCCGAGGCUCUUGAACGUUGGCCAGUAGAUAUGAUAGAAAGAAUGCUCCCACGCCACCUGGAAAUUCUGUACAAAAUAAAUUACGACUUCCUUGAGUUGAUUAAAACACGCUACCCAGGCGAUGUUGGGAAACUGAACCGCAUGUCCAUGUUCAAUGACGAUGGCUUUAAGAAGAUUAAUACGGCUCACCUCUGCAUCAUUGGUUCGCACGCCGUAAACGGUGUAUCCGCCAUUCACAGUGAGCUACUGAAGCGUUCAGUUUUCAAAGACUUCUACGAAUUAUGGCCUGAGAAAUUCCAGAAUAAGACAAACGGUGUAACGCCACGACGUUGGUUGAAGCUCUGUAACCCGAAUCUCUCCAAACUACUAAAUGACAAACUCGGCGAGGAAUGGGUCAUUGAUUUCGAACGGAUUAAAGAUCUCAAGAGGUAUGCAGACGAUGGGGAAGUUCUCCAGAAUCUCCUGACGAUCAAGGAUGAGAACAAACAGAAAUUUGCCAACUACCUAUAUCACAGCCUCGGAGUUCAGAUCGAUCCAAAUACAUUGUUUGAUAUACAGUACAAACGUCAGUUGCUGAACGUUCUCCACGUCAUCACCUUGUAUAAUCGCAUUCGUAAGGAUCCUCGUGCUGACAUCGUUCCACGGACAAUAAUGAUCGGAGGCAAAGCUGCCCCCGGCUACCACAUGGCUAAGAUGAUCAUUAACUUGGUCAACUGCGUCGCUGAGAAAAUUAAUCAUGACUCAACUGUUAACGGAAAAUUAAAAGUAGUCUUCUUGACAAACUACCGCGUGACCUUUGCACAACACAUUUUCCCAGCUGCCGAAUUGUCUCAGCAGAUUUCCACUGCUGGUACGGAAGCCUCUGGAACUGGAAAUAUGAAGUUUAUGAUGAACGGAGCUCUGACCAUUGGCACGUUGGACGGAGCAAAUGUUGAAAUGUGCGAAGAAUGCGGCAGCGAGAAUAUCUUCAUCUUCGGUAAUACCCUAGAAAACGUCGAGGAGCUUAAAUCCAAGGGUUACACUCCCAGUCCUUACAUUUCGCACUCGCCCGAAUUACGCCAGGCGCUGGAGCAGAUUCGUGACGGUUUCUUCUGCCCUGAAGACAGGGAUCGCUUCAAACAAAUUUACGAACAUUUGGCUGGCAACGAUUAUUACCUGCUCUGUGCGGAUUACGAAAAAUACAUCAAUGCCCAAGCAGCUGUGGAAGAAGCCUACAGGGAUCGCAGACGGUGGGCCCGUAUGUCUCUAAUGAAUAUCGCCACCAGUGCAAAAUUCUCGUCUGACCGAACUAUUGCCGAGUAUGCGCGGGAGAUUUGGGGCGUAAAUCCCGAGCGGCUAACACUGCCACCGCCCAUGUUUAAUGCCCAUGCUGAAGACAGCUCAGGAUUUAGAAAAAGUUUGGCUUCUGGUGCGGACAGCCGAUUCUGCACUGUCAGGUAA